CAUCGUCAACUCCAACAGCCAGCCUGUAUUUUAGAAGGUCCACAAGACUGCACCGCCCUAAUUGGUGGAUGUGUCCGCUUGUCCGUGAUCUAUGAAGGAUUGCCCAAACCACAAAUUGUUUGGUAUAAGGCGAGCCGCCGCAUUGUGGAAACAUCAAAUACAAUUAUCAACACCUCAUCCCGCAAAUCGAUAUUACAGAUUUCCGAUAUCGACACCGAUGACAGUGGCAAAUAUUCGGUAGAAGUUAUGAAUGAAUUUGGUGCCGAUAUAGCCUCGGCCUCAGUGGCCGUUGAGGGUCCGCCGGAGCCACCCAGUGGCAAGCCGAGCAUUUCACAGGGUCCGGAUCGUGUGGCGAUUGCAUGGUGUGGUCCACCAUAUGAUGGUGGUUGUAUGAUAACUGGAUUUAUCAUUGAACGACAACAAUUGGAUCCGAAUGCCCCAUCCCUUGAAGAACAAGAAAACGAUGCCGAUUGGCUGGAAAUUGCCAGUGUUGUGGAUUCAUUGGCCUAUACCGUGAAAAAUUUAAAACCACUCUUUACCUAUCGGUUUCGUGUAAGAGCGGAAAAUAUACAUGGACGCAGUGAGCCAGGCUUACCCAGCGAUCCAGUACAUAUUGCGGAUGAAACUGAAGAAGAUUCCACAGAAGACUUCCAAAGGCCAAUAUCCAUUAAAUCUGGCGGUGAUUUCAAGGAUCGUUUUCAAAUUCUCGAAGAAUUGGGCAAGGGUCGUUUCGGUGUUGUCUACAAAGUCCAGGAGAAGGAGGAUCCCAAACGUAUUUUGGCUGCUAAAAUGAUUAAAUGUAUUAAAUCGAAGGAUCGUGUUAAAGUCCAGGAAGAGAUUUCGAUAAUGAAAUCGUUGAAACAUCCCAAACUGCUGCAAUUGGCUGCAUCGUUCGAGAGUCCGCGUGAAAUUGUAAUGGUCAUGGAAUACAUUACUGGCGGCGAAUUAUUCGAACGUGUGGUGGCCGAUGAUUUUACCCUCACCGAACGUGAUUGCAUAUUGUUUGUGCGCCAGGUUUGCGAAGGAGUUGCCUAUAUGCACAGCCAAUCGAUUGUGCAUUUAGAUUUGAAACCCGAAAAUAUUAUGUGUAAGACAAGGACAUGCCACCAAAUUAAAAUUAUUGAUUUCGGUUUGGCUCAGCGUCUGAAUACCGGCUCGCCUGUGCGAGUUCUUUUCGGUACACCGGAAUUUAUAUCACCUGAAAUUAUUAGCUAUGAACCGAUUGGUUUUCAAUCGGAUAUGUGGAGUGUGGGUGUAAUAUGUUAUGUGCUUUUAUCUGGCCUGUCACCCUUCAUGGGUGAUACAGAUGUCGAGACCUUUUCCAAUAUUACCCGAGCCGAAUAUGAUUUCGAUGAUGAGGCCUUUGAUUGUGUUUCCCAACUGGCCAAGGAUUUCAUAUCGAAUUUGCUGAUACAUCGCAAAGAAGAUCGUUGGACAGCGGAGCAAUGCCUAGAAUCGCCGUGGUUGAAACAGGGUCAUUAUGAUGAAAAUCUGGGCAAUAAGAAAAUCUGCACCGAUAAGCUUAAGAAGUUUAUUAUACGCCGCAAAUGGCAAAAAACUGGUAAUGCUAUCAGAGCUUUAGGUCGCAUGGCUACCUUAUCAGCUUCUAGACGCAAUUCCGCUGUCUCAACCACCACGACUGCAGCUGGUGGUAGCAGCCCCAACAGUCCACGACCUUCGAUUUCGGGUAUGUCGUCCAUGUUCAGCGCGAACCAAACGCUGCAAUCGGCACCCAUGGGAUCGUUGCACGAAGAAGAUGAUGAUUUUAGUAUUGAAUUGCCCGCUGUUGUCCAUCAAGAUAUACCGCGACGCAGUCCAAAGGUGGUAACCAAAUCUCAGUGUAGUGAACGCAGUGAUUCAGGUUACAGUGAAUGUUCCAACUGCAGUGCCUCGGGUUCGCUGCAGUGUCAAUGUGCCAAUAAUAGGGACAGUGUGGAUCAUGCCAAUGCCAGUGAUUUAUUACAAGAUCUCUCCAUUUCCGUACCCCAUGAUUUGUUGAAAUUGAAACUCGAAGAAAUUGCCCAUCAGGCGGAUCACAAUAUUGAGGAGGUCAAACUGGAAUUGGUGGUACCAACAAUCAGCCAGAAACAAAUUGCCCAACUCGAUGCCAAUCAAAAUGAAUUGAAGCCGUUGAUGGAAAUACCCGAGAAAGAUCCGCCACACACCAUUACCGUCAUCGAAGAUGUUGAAGUACUUAACACCUCUCCCUCUGGUCCGAUUAUUAUGCGUUCCGAUUUUACUAAUACCAUACAAAUGCGUAAAAAAUCCCUUGAGAAUAGUUUACUUAAAGAGAAGCCCAAAGUCACCAGUAAAUCACCGCUCUAUGAAAAAUCCGGUAAGGUUAAUAUGUUGCGCAAUAAAUUCUCCUGUAUGGAACAGCAAGUGAGUAGUGGCGCCCAACAUCAGACAACAGCUGUUAAAAGUAAAGAUUGCAUGGAUGUUUUAAAGCUAAAGCGUAAAGUUAUAAAUGAAGCUUGUCUUAAGCAAACAAACUCAGCCAGCCAUCCAACAUCCUCAGCCUCCUCAACACACUCAACUUCAUUGCCCAGCUCACCAAUACCAGCACGCAAGACGACGUAUCCGUUUACUACGUUCCGGCUAAGCGAACGUGUACGCGAGGUAACCGAUCGUCUGGCCCAACAACAAACCGUCUGCACCGAGGCUAGACGAACACAAAUCUUAAAUCGAAAUAAAUAA